ACUUCUUAAGUGGGUCCGCUUCUGUCCCAUUCUUCGCGUAGUUGACCGUUCAGAAACUUAACCAUGGCUUGUGGCAGCUUAAAUUAUUAAUUUUUUGUGAUUUUUGUUAAUUUAAAUCGUUAUGGCUUCACUCAGAGUGAAAGAAUUGUUGUGUUUGCUUUAUUCAGCUUUGCUGUUUAUUUCAGGUGUCUUAUUAAUAGGUUUUUCUGUUGUACUUUUCUAUAAAGUGAUCCAUCAUUUUAAAUUCAUUCCCUCGAGUGCUAUUGGCCCUUUCAUUAUCUACUUUUUGCUUGGGUUUGUUCACCUUUUUGUCACCUGGUUGGGAAUUAAAGGACCAUCUCGCGAACAUGACAUCCACAUUAUUUUGUUUAUGGUAAUUACUGUAAUUUUAUUGGUUGCGGAAUGUGCAGUCGGAGUUUGGUCGAUAAUUCURUGGGAUGAAGUCGAUGUCGAAUCAUUGCAAUUAAUGCAAAAAUCCUUCAGUGAUUUACUCAACAAUGAUUACGAUAAAAAAGAUUGGGCUCAAAUGGAAUCUGAGCUAAAAUGUUGCGGUUACGAUGGGGCCAAAGCCUACGAGAAAAAGAAUGUUUUGCCGCUCUCGUGUUGCAACAGCGACCUGCAAAAUUCCACUUGUACGCAAAUAUACCAAAUGGGUUGUCAAAAACCACUAGCCAGCUAUGCGAAGAUUUUAUUGAUUGAUGGCGCCAUCAUGGGUUUCUCAUGUUGCGUAUUUCAAGCUCUGGGUGUGUUUCUUUUUUACACAUUUUUAAGAGCUUUAAAAGCCGAACGUGCGGCAAGAGCCCAGAGAAGGCUUGCCAUGCAGAGGAGGGUGUCUCAGGAGAAUGGGAGUGCUAACCCCACUCCGUCAUCUCCACCACCCCCAACUUCGGCCUAAUGAGAUUUUAUAUAAAUUUACAAUUUUUAUAAGGUUUUUUAAAGCACAAACGUGCCUUAUUUGCCUAACAGAAUACGUACUUAAUUUGCACUUUAUGACAAUGUUUUCUUUUGUACUUUUUAUAUUUUAUUUUGUUUUUUGGAUAAAUAAAAKUACCACUURAAUUGUG